AGGGAUGUGCAUCUCGGAAAUUUUGGUAGUUCGUGGAAAUGAUAGUUCGUUUCCAGAAGAAAUAUCACAUAUCACAGAUUUCUUGCAGAUAUACUGAGUGGUAGAGCUUCAGUCAACGUAGGACAGAAAGUUCUGUAACAGGAUCUGUGUAUGCAUACCUUGCCCGUUUGUCGGCGAAUACGAUGUUGUGAUGUCCUUUUUCACCUCAUCAUUUUUGGCCGAGUAAUAAUUUAUCACGUUCCUUCAGUUUGGAUCGUCCUUUGGAUAAAACUUUCAACGCAUAACCGAGCGCUCUUAUGUCAGUAACACGGCCAGUAACAACAAUAAAACUGAAAAAAAUAGCCAUCCAGCCUAAUCUCUGAUCCAGAUGCAAGCACGGAUGCAAGAAUCGUCAAGGCGGCACACUGCAUAACUCAGCACAUACAAACGACACCUGCAUGAUGAAUCUACAACUCCUCCUAAAAUGAAUGCAACAAUCAUCAACAAUGCACAUCGAAGCUCAAACUUAAGCGUUCAUGCGAUCGCGGUUUAUUAUUGUCAAAUUUUGGCUGUACUAUUUUGGAUUAUGCAGAGUGAUUUGUAUUUGUAAUAAUCAGGAAACCUCAAGAUGAGCUCGUAUGGUAUGAAGUUGAUGAAAAAAACAAAUUCUUACCCGUCGCAAGCUGUACGCUGUCAAAAAUGUUUGGAAAUGGGUCACUGGAGUUAUGAAUGUAAAGGAAAGAGAAAAUACGUGAUCCGGUAUUCACGUACAACACAAUUGAAAAAAGCAAUGAAGCAGAAGGAAGUAGAGAAGUUAAAACCACUGAAAAAAGUUGAUACUAUUAAACAAAAGCAGAAGAUCAGAAAGGAUUCCAACAGUACAAGUGACUCAGAUAGUUCAAGCACAGACAGCAGUAAUUCAGAUAGUUCUUCGGACGAUUCUGAUUCUAGCGACAGCACAAGCUCGAGUAGCGACAGUAGUAAUAGUAGCAGUAGUAGUAGUGAUAGCAUUAAUACUUCAAGUACUUCUAGCGAAGAUUCCAGUUCCAGUAGUAACAGUGGGCCAAGCAAAGCAAAGAAGACAAAGAAGUUUCUUUGAUCACUAAUACAUGAGAUGUUCGAUUGCAAAACGUAUAAGAACAGAGAUGUAUCCAAGGAAUUGUCUGAAGCCACGUAGAAGACCAGCAGAAGAAUCACGUUUUGUACCAUUGUAUAUCUUACGUAGUUAUUUUUGUUAGGGUUAAUGUAUUGCGAAUUUGAAAAAACUAUAUGCUUACACAGAGGGCUAACCAAUAUAAUUGGAAUCUGUAUAGAACCAAUAUUUUUUUCAUCUACAAACCACAUGUCAUAAAUCGCAUUAAUGGAUAAAUUUAUCGAUAAUAAAUAUAAGGAUAAAUCAAGUAUUUUUUCAAGAUACCGAAAAAUAAUGGUGGCUUUUAAAUUCUUCAAAUUUAAACGAUGAAUAUUGAAAAGGCUAUUACAUACAUGAUGUCUCAUUUAAUUUUAAUAUUGCUAAGAAAAAGUCAACUUUGGUGCCUCAACCAAUAUUACAGAAAUACAUUCAAAAAGUGAUCAAAGUCAGUCUGUGUAUGUAACAAUGCAUUGAUAUGAAAAUUUGUUCUUACUUUAUGUUGAAUAAAUGGUAUUUUUUAGAUCACUUCGAAA